UUUCAAGAUAAGGAAGAGAAAUGUCGAAUCCAAAUUUGCCAAGUGGAUUUAGAUUCAUUCCCACUGAUAGCGAUCUGAUCUAUUUUCUCAAGGACAAGCUUUUGGAUCGUCUUCAACUUCCUGCUGGUCUUAUCCCAGACAAUAUUAAUCCCUACACUUACGACCCUGUCCAACUUCCCAAAGGUGAAGACUUUAAACAUGACAAUAAUGCAUUUUUCUUCAUUUACAAACAAGAGAACCGAACUAUAAAAGAUGGUUUCUGGAGGGCUUUUGCUUUGCCUAAGAAGAUCUUCAAUAAGGACCAAAUGAUAGGAUUCAAGGAAGAGUUUGUUUUUUCCUGGUCAAUACAAAAUGAAAUAAUCAAAACCAACUGGAUUAUGUAUGAAUACAGCAUAAACCCCGCUGUAUUUUCAGAUGAUCAGCAAAAAGCUAUUGGAAACAACAUGGAAAGCUAUAUAGUGUGUGGAACUCAUUACAGGCCCUCGCAUAACCUGUAUGAGGAAGAAUUGGAAGAGCUAAUCAGAUAA